CCGCUCCAUCACAGUCCCGACACACACACACACACACACAUACACACACACACACACACAACCAAAACGGGGUAUUGUUUUAAGUAUGCAGGAAUUUAUUUAUUUCAUUGUUAAGAUUAAAUUGUAAGCAAUCACUUAAAAAAGGUUAUGAUGACUACCCUAGGAUAACCCUAUCUGUGUAGUCAGUUUAUGUGAGCAUGUGUGUGUGUGUGUGAGCCUGUGUGUGUGUGUGUGUGUGUGUGUGUGAGUGAGAGAGAGAGAGAGAGAGAGAGGCAGUCCGCCAAUUAUCGCGAUGGACGCAGGAAACUCAGCAUGAGCUUUUCCUUCUUCCCUUCCAAUUCCUGUCGCUGAAGAGCCUGUAGCCUCCGCCACAGGGAACAGCGGAAUAAGUCUUUUCAUUCCUCACCCUAGCGCUUUCCGACACAUUUAUACUGCCAUCCGACAAGUUGCUCUAAAUAAAGAAGGCAUUUUUUUUAAACAGUCGGAUAACGGAGACCAGAGCAAAUGGAGAUGAUCUGAAGGAAACCCGAUGGGCAUUGACCAGACCUCUUCCCAUCACUUCCACUGAAUACACUAUAGGUACUUGUGAAUGUUCCACGUGCGCGGUACCAGUCUACACAGCGCGCGACUCCGUGCCAAUGUGACCGAGUCCGGCAGUAACUCGUGGGAAGCAGUGCACACAUUUCACUGGAUCGUUUGGCUGGGAUUUUCAGCAUGGCAUACCCUCAGGGCUACUUGUACCAGGCGUCCACCCCUCUGGCUCUCUACUCGUGUCCUUCGUACGGCUCGAGCGCGUUGGCGGCGCCGCGUGCGGAUGAGCUGAGCAGAGGGAACUCCAGCUCCGGCUCUGCGUUUGCGCCGUACGCGGGAUCUACAGCUUUCACCAGCCAAACUCCAGCCUUCAACUCGCUCCAGUACGGCUCAGAGCCCGCAUCCGCACCACAGUUCUCCUCAUUCGUGGGUUCCCCGUAUGAGCCGUCCCCGGGUCUGGCCGCCUCUCUGGGUUACGCGCACCCGUACGGAGCGCCUCUGGGCGCGUUCCCGCUCGGAGACCCCGCGUACCGGAAGAACGCCACGCGGGACGCCACUGCAACGCUUAAGGCUUGGCUGAGCGAGCACAGGAAGAACCCGUACCCCACCAAGGGGGAAAAGAUCAUGCUGGCCAUCAUCACCAAGAUGACCCUCACCCAAGUGUCCACCUGGUUCGCCAACGCGCGCAGGAGACUGAAGAAGGAGAACAAGAUGACGUGGACCCCACGGAACAGAAGCGAGGACGAAGAUGAAGAAGAUAAUAUCGAUUUGGAAAAAAAUGAUGAUGAAGAUGAGCCGAUUAAGGCAGCCGAAAUGGCAGAGUCGACCAAAGAAUUAGGCCUUCCCGUCAGUCCAGGACUAGUCACGACCGAGAAGCACACAGAACACACUGAUGAUGAAGCGGAUCGUGUUAUUGACACCUCCGCUCGGAGAGACGCUGAGCCGCGGGCUGGGUGCGACUCUUCAUCACCCACGACCUCCUCUCUCCAAAGCGGUCCGGACAGAGUCGGGCCAGAGACGCCCGCAGAUCAGGGAGACACUCUGAGCGCAGUGAAGCCCUCCGGAGAGAGCGGCCUUGGCACAUCUGUCAUUCAUUCCACGAACCCGGCUCCCAAGCCCAAACUGUGGUCUCUGGCCGAGAUCGCCACAUCGGAUAAGCCGGGUGGUGAGCGGCUCCAAACAUGCGGAGCAGCUCAGAGUCCAGUCAUCAUCAGCACGGGCGCCUUCUCGCCCUCCAGGUCGCCCACACGGGGUCCUCUCCUCCCCAGGCACUUCUACUACGCUUCUGCUUUUUAUCCCGCUUUCACGAACUACAGCGCGUUCGGGCCGGCGGGCCGCGCCUCCAGCUCCGGAUUAAGCGACGCGGCGCUGCACAGAGCAGCCAGAGGAAACCCAGCGGCCGACAUGUGCAAAGAGCUGGCACAGGGGGAGGCGCACUCCAAGCGUUAAACAUCCCCCAUCGCUUUUCCUCCCUUUAUUUAUCCUCUCUGGGAUGAGAAACUGGAUGAUUUUCUUUAGAUAAGAGUGAUAACGAAGAGAAAAUCUGGGGUUGUGACUGCACAUCUUGUGUAAAUGAAGCUUUUUGUAUUCGAAAGGGAAUUUUAUGAAAUGUAAUGUUUGAAGUACUAUAAAGUGAAAUAUUGCUUCUUUGCUAAUCCAUCCACGUGAAAGCAGAGCGGCGCAAGAGGCCAAAGUUAAUUCACUAUUUUACAUUUCUAUAGGUCACUCCUCUUUUGUUUUACUGAUUCUUGGAUAUCCAAGAGUUGAAUGUCUGUACCAUUCGUGGAAUUUAACAUUUUAUAGGAUAACAUAAAAUCCCCAUCUUUCGAUUUUUCCUCACAUAACAUCUCAUUUAAGCAGACAUACACGUUUCCGUUCUGGCAGAUGUUAUAGUUUCCUUUAAGGUAGGCUAUUUUUGAUCAUUAAUCCAGGCAAUCGAGUAGAAUGACCGUUUAAUUAAGGUUUUAUUCACAAUUUUAUCAUUUGAUUAUAUAAGAGAGAUUUUGUGUGGCCAAUAAAAUAUAUAUUGUUUGAUUUUA